CUUCAGGAAGCGUUUGCUUUGUUCAACAACCCUCAGCUCUCUUUGUUAUGCAAAUGACUGCCGUGCCGUUGCCGAGUACCUCUGCUUUCCAGACCAGUGGAAAAAUGUGUGCAAUUGUAAAUGUCAUCUGUCUAUAUCUCUCAGUGUGGGGUCACAAUCAAACCAUUUUCAGUUGGAGAUUACAGAGGUUCAGAAGCAGAGAGGAGAAUUUUAAUGUUUGCUGCAAUGACAAGGGGUUCAAAUCACACACUGGUAACCACAAGGACAGGGAUCGAGAGGAGCUGCUGCGCACUGUGUCGACAACAGAAAGCCAAAUCUGAAAACAUUUGCUACUUUUCACAUUCAAGACAGAAGGAGGAAUAUCAGACGAAGACUCCCUGCAUUAAGACACGUGUGAAGUUUUGUUUCAAGGACAAAGUGAGGAUGGAACAAAGGGAGCCGACUGUGGAUCCUGCUGCUGAAGUUGCGGAGGGGAGGUUUAGAGAGUUGGCCACCAAGUGGUUCAUAGAUUCUCAACUGCCUCUUAUUGUCAACAACGGCCUCUUCCCCAGCUGGUUCCUGGGCUUCAUUAGCAGAAAAGAUGCUGAGGACAUGCUUAGAGAAAAGGAGCUUGGCUGUUUCCUGAUUCGUCUCAGUGAUAAAGCUAUUGGAUAUAUUCUGUCGUACAAAGGCAGAGAUCGAUGUCGCCACUUUGUGAUAAGCCAGAGCGAGACGGGACGGUUUAUAGUGUGCGGAGACACAGAGGGACACAACACUUUGUUCGACCUAAUAGAACACUAUAAAACAAACCCAGUUGAGCCCUUUGGAGAAUAUCUGACAUUUCCAUGCAAUGGGGAUGUCAAUGAGGACCUCUAUGAUAUCAUCCAGGUCAACCCCAAAGAAAAACCGGCUGCUCCUCUCAGAGCAGCAAAGAAAGUACAUAAGCAGCAGAUGAACUCAGCCACAGAGCAGCAACCAGUGCGGGCACCAAGGAUUAACAGGACUCAAGAGGAAGUACCACCUUUGCCACGGAGGACCAGGCACGUGGAGAGCGCCCCAGUCAGUGACAACGAUGGAGUUCUUUAUGCUCAGCUUAGGAAGCAAACGCCUAGAGCCCAUCACACCUCCAGGGACAAGUCCCCCAGCUCAAAUCAAGGCAAAGCCGAGAGGCUGAACACUAAGGAGCAAAAGAACGGCAGGUGUAGUCCUUCAUCUGACCCUGAAUCUCUCUACUCCGAGCUCAACGCGCUUGACAGCAAGAGCAUGUCCCUGCCUCUGCUGGACAACAUCUCUGAUGGCGAGCAAUGCUACAGACUGAGCGUACCUCCUGACACGCCGCCACGACUUUCCCCGAGGCCAGUCCGGCAGGCCUCUGGCGGCAUCUCGCAGUCAAACAGCAGCCACAGCCUGGACGCCCUGAGCGACCACUCGGUCUAUCACCUGGCUGGCAGCCACAGCCCAACAGCAUCUGAAACUGCAUCAUCCACAGAGCAGCUCGAAGACUCCCUGUAUGCCGAGGUCUCCAUUGAAGCCCCCGUCGUUGAUAAUGACAACACUUAUGAGAUCCUCCCCAACCACAAGGAGCCCGUCAAGCCUAAAGCCAACAGCAACACUCAAGAGCCUGGGGAGGAGACCAAACGCAAGUGUAGCCACGCGUCCUGGGGGAUAAAGAAUGACAAAUGGAAAUGGCUUUUCCCCGAGACCAAGAGGAAGUGACAAACCAACUAACGAAGAAAAGGCUCACCUAAUUUCACUUAUCUAACACUACUUUGCUACUUCUGUUGUAUAUUUGCUUUCAAUGUAUUUAUUUAAAACCGAUCAAAGUUACCUUUGUACCCAUCUAAUUGAAUUUAUUAAAGCUGUUGAAAAUGUAUAAAAUUGCUUCAAUAAGCCCAUUUCAGUAAAUUAGACAUAUUUAAAUCACUUUUUUUUUAGAGCUACAACUAAACUGCUGUGAGAGAUAAUAAGCACUAAAUGCAUGUUCAUAUAUGGGCAUGGAAACAUGGAGGAAAAACAAACAUUUAAUGGAAACUUGUAUGGAAAUUGCUGUCAUCUGGAAGGGAAGAACAAUCUGAUAUUUUUGUAGGGGAGAAUGUCAAAUGAUUUGCCUCACAUGAGUUCCUGGAGAAGUCCAGACUAAUGAGCCAGUUUGGCCACUUAAAAAGAAGAAAAUAAGCAAGGUUAAUGAUAGAUGACCUCUGCGUCCUAAUAAGGAAACACUAAUGCAAAAUGCUGGGCUGUUGUGGAACGGCAGAGGCAUUUCUAUGUGCAGAUAUCAAAAUGCAAAUAACUGCUGAAUUACAACGUAGGAGAAAUACCUCCCAGUGUUAUCAGAACUCUUGCUGUGUAUGGUUCGCUCUUACUUACUUUAGCUCUCCAUAGCUGCCUGGAGAAGCAUUCCUGUAAUGCAAGGCCUCGUGUGGGCACGUUCAGAGAAAUACAGCGCGCUCACGGGGGAAAAGGCUUGCACCUGAUAUUUUGCUGCCAUCAGA